AGGGUGAAAGAGUAAUAACAAAAAGUAAAAAAGAUCCCGGAACACUUGCCCUACGAAUCUAGAAGAGAGAGCGUGUCUUCACGCUUUACAGUUAAGUCCGGUAGGUGUGAGAGAGAGGAAGCGUAUGGAGGGAGAGACUGGGAGACGAUCGGAGACGACGGAAUUAGGGGAUGUGGAAGAAGCGGCGUUCGCAGGUGGCAGAGGAGAUGGCGAUGGUGGAGGCGGCAGCGCGGGAGAAGGAGAUGCGGCGAGGUUCGUUGGGGAAGGGACGAGGGGAAGGGGAGGGAAAGAGCGAAUCAAAGGGCCGUGGUCGCCGGAGGAGGAUGUUGUGUUGAGUGAGCUUGUUGAGAAGUUUGGAGCGAGGAAUUGGAGCUUGAUCGCACGAAGUAUUCCUGGUCGGUCAGGCAAGUCUUGUCGUCUUCGGUGGUGUAACCAGCUCGAUCCAUCCGUUAAACGCAAUUCCUUCACUGAGGUAGAGGAUCAGGCUAUCAUCACAGCACAUGCCAUCCAUGGAAACAAAUGGGCUGUGAUUGCGAAGCUCCUCCCAGGAAGAACAGAUAAUGCUAUCAAGAACCACUGGAACUCCACUCUAAGACGUCGAUAUAUGGACAUUGAAAAUCCGACGACGAAUAUAGGAACUGGAAACUUAGUCCCGGAAGAUACUGGAUUUGACAGAACGACGAAUACGAUAGCUUCAUCAGAAGAAACUUUCUCUUCAGGAGGUGGUGGCCACGCAACUACUCCACUUGUAUCUUCAGAAGGAAAAGAAGCCACCUCCAUGGAAAUGUCUGAAGAACAAUGCGUAGACAAAACAAACGGGGAAGGCAUUUCUAGGAAAGAAGGUAAUGAUCCUCCAACGCUUUUUCGCCCUGUAGCUCGGCUCAGUUCUUUUAAUGUUCGCAAUCACAUAGAAGGCUUCUCCUCUCCACAUAUGCACGAAAAAAAUCAGUUCCAAUCAUCUAAGCAAGACACUGCAAUGCUAAGAUUGCUUGAAGGAGCUUACAGCGAAAAGUUCGUGCCUCAGAAAUGUGGACGUGGUUGUUGCAGCAACGAUCCCGUUGGUAUUUAUCAGCAAGACUCAUUGCUUGGUCCAGAGUUUGUGGAUUACUUAGACCCACCGACGUUUCCGAGUUACGAACUAGCUGCUAUAGCAACAGAUAUAAGUAGCCUCGCUUGGCUGAGAAGUGGUUUAGAGAGCAGCAGCGUGAGGGCGAUGGAGGAAGCAGCUGGUCGGUUAAGGCCUCAAGGCUCAAGGGGACAUCGAGAUCAUUAUCUUGUAUCUGAACAGGGGAAGAACAUAACCAACGUACUGUCCACAUAAAAAUGGCAGAACAAAAACAGAGGCCAUGAGAUUUUUCUUUAUUUUUUCUUUGAGGUUUCUUACUUGAUUUCUCCCCCUCUCUCUUUGAUCUCAGAGAGCUUGAGUUUUACUUGUAAUCGAAGUUGUGAUGUAAUUGAGUAGAAAUAGUGUCUUUAGUUCUGAAAUUGAGCAUCUUCAACUUCCUUGCGACUCGUAUGGCUUCUGCGUAUACCAUUUCAUGAUGGUUAUUUCACUUUGUAACAUGCUUUCACAAGAAGCCGACAUU